UCAAACUUCCGCCGUGGUGUGUGUGUGUUCUGUUGUCAUCGAUCUCCUGCUUUCUUCUCUCUUCUUUGUACAUAGCGAGGCGAGUUUUUACACGGCGGGACGUCGUGUUUUUUACUCGCUUUGUUGCAACUACACCUUAAUAUAAGUGAUUUAGGAACGAGAGCUGUCGCAAAAUGGAGGAAAAUGAAGAAGUGUGCGGAAGAGCGGUGGGAAAGAAGAAGAAGCAGAAGAUUCGUAGAGUGUCAUCGAGGACGUCCAUUUGCAGUACCGUCAGCGCAGCGGAGCCUUCUCCUCAAACACUAAAGAGAAAUAACUCCAAAAAACCUCCACUGCAAAGAGGCAGCUCCUUCACCUUUCUGACACCAGGGACUCCAUGGGACUUCAGUCUAAAAAGAAAGCGCAAAGAGAAGGAUGAUGACACGGUCAGUCUGUCGAGCUUCGACCUUAAGGAACCCUGUAACAAGCGUGUUCGACCUUUGGCCAAAGUUUCAUCUCUCGUCAACUUGAUAUCUCCUUCCAAAAAUGGGGCAGUACGACGCUUUGGUCAGACCUUCCAGACAAUGUCAUUACGUGGAGACAGCAAAUCACCAGGAACAUCCCUCAAAACUGGCAGCAAGGCAGCAGGACCCACUCCCUCUAAACGGAGAAACAGCACACUGUGGUCUGAGACGCUGGACGUCCACCAGAAGAGCACAUUCUCCACCAAAGAAAUCAAGAGACAAGAGGCAAUUCAUGAGCUUUACAGGGGAGAGCAGGAUCUCAUUGAAGAUCUCCAACUCGCAAGAAAGGCGUACCAUGAUCCAAUGUUAAAGCUCUCCAUCAUGACAGAGGAGGAACUGUCUCACAUAUUUGGGGACCUGGAUGCGUACAUCCCCUUACAUGAUGACUUGCUGAUAAAACUGACUGAGGGAACCGGUCCUGAUGGAACAGUUGCUCAGAUUGGACAGAUAGUAAUAAACUGGCUGCCAGGUCUGAAUGCUUACAAAAACUACUGCAGCAACCAGCUUGCAGCUAAAGCCCUGUUAGACCAGAAGAAGCAGGACAGUCGGGUCCAGGACUUCCUGCAGCGCUGUCUGGAGUCACCCUUCAGCAGAAAACUCGACCUCUGGAGUUUCCUGGACAUCCCACGUUCGCGCCUGGUGAAAUACCCCCUGCUGCUGCGAGAGAUCCUCAGACACACUCCUCCUGAUCAUCCAGAUGUAGUCAGUCUGGAGAGAGCUAUUGUUAUAAUCCAGGAGAUUCUGUCCGAAAUCAAUGUGAGGAAGGGGGAGUCUGAGUGCCAGUAUUACAUAGAUAAACUGGAAUACCUGGAUGAGAAGCAGCGGGACCCUCUUAUAGACAACUGUAAAAUCCUGCUCUGUCAUGGUGAGCUGCGGAUCAAGAGCGGCACGAGGCUACACGUGUUUCUCUUCUCUGAGCUGCUAGUUUUGACCCGACCAGUGACACGUAAUGACAGGAGCUGCUUCCAAGUGUAUCGACAACCCAUCCCAGUUCGAGACUUGGCUCUAGAAGACCUGCAGGAUGGAGAGAUCCGCAUGGGGGGGUCGUUCAGAGGGGCUUUCACCAAUUCCGAGAAAGUUCGGAACAUUUUCCGUGUCAGUUCUCUGGAUCCGUCCCAUGGCCAGUCCCACACCCUGCAGGUCAAUGACGUCUACCACAAACAGCAGUGGCUCAACUGUCUACGCGCUGCAAUGGCCCAGCAACAGGAGACUCCACCCAAAGCUCAACAGGAAGACGCCACAAGAGCCAAACGCCGCUCUUCCACUUCCUCAGACAUCAUCUGUGACAAAGAGACAGAUGAGAAUUGUCCACCGGCCUUGGGCCCCAAGCUCAGACCUCAGACACUCUCCAAAACCAGACUGGACCAGAAGUUACAAGGCCCGGUAAAGAAGAGGAUGGAAACUGUAGUGUAGACAUUUAACCUGAUGCUUCACUCAUGAUUUCCUCUCAGACAGGCACAUUGACUCCACGUGUCCCGUUUGUCACGUGGCAGUUUCAUUCUUUUACUUCAUCUCUCUACUUUCCUUUCCAAUCAUGUCCGUCCAAAUGUAUAUAAACCUCAUGUCUUUAAAUAGUGUAAUUAGUUAACAAAAAAGUGUUACAAGCCAGUGUAGCUGAAAUGUAUGUUUACACCAGCAAAAUGUUGGGUAUAUUUGAGUUUUGUGUGUUUACCCCAGUAAAAAAAGAAAAACAGCUACUCACUUGCCCAUUGCUAGUCACUUGCUGUAAUCAUAUUGUCAAAUCAUCUCUAGGAAGAGCAGCAUGUGUAUUUUGAAUGUUACCUGUGCCCGGACAAUAGACCAAGAUGCACAGACAAACUGAUACCUCGGCUUUCUGUGCGAAACACAGUAGAGCGACAGUGGUCAGUAAUUGUUUGAGAUAAGAUAUAAUUAAAAGCAGUAAAACAUU